GUGUAAUUUUAAUUUAGAUCCUAUUGCAGCAAAUAGUAAGUGUUUUCCAUCCUAUUUUCAAAGUUCAAGUGACAAGUAGCCUUGGAAGAAACCACCUGUAUUUUCCAGCUCUACUGUGCACUUGUUCAACAACCAUGAAGUCGUGUUCUAGGCCAGAGGCAAAGAGCGAUAGCCAUGGGAUGAUCUAACACCCCACUUGGAAAACUCUGACUCCAGCCAGUAUCUAAGGACCAUUGCGUAGGACUGAGGAAAUUCUCCAGCACGAUCCUGUUGCAAGUAGCAGUUGCAGAGUAUUUGAAUGAAUGAGAGAAGGAAGAAGAUAGGUUAUACUCACUAAUGGAGCAGAACAACAACAACGUGGAAGAUUUCUCCUUGAAUGUCUUUUCUGUCACUCCUUAUCAGCCGAACAGAUCUGAUGUCCUGGUGUCAGAUGGGGAUAAAGCCGGUGCCACUUUGCUCUUUUCAGGUGUGUUUUUGGGACUGGUAGGGAUCACUUUCACUGUGAUGGGAUGGAUAAAAUACGAUGGCGUUACUCACCUGGAGUGGACUCAGUUACUAGGGCCUAUUCUGCUGUCUGUUGGGGUGACUUUUAUUCUGAUUGCUGUUUGUAAAUUUAACAUGCUUACAUGCAAGCCCUGUAAAGAAAGAGAGGAAAAUACAUCAGACCUCGACCAGACUGCAAGUGGACAGUCCUUUGUCUUCACCGGCAUUAACCAGCCUAUAACUUUCCACGGCGCCACAGUGGUACAGUACAUCCCUCCGCCAUACCCAGCCCAGGAAGGCGUUGCUGUGAGUCCUGGAUACCUUCACCCGGUGCUCAGCUGCUGCGGUCCUGUUUCCCCCAGUGCCUCACCAAUUCCCACCCUGGGCUCCACUCACUUCUGCCCUGCCUAUCCCCUGGAUAACCCGGCUUUUACUGGAGAUGAGAACUAUGCUGCUUAUCCUGCAGAGAAUACCAGGAAUCAGAGGUCAGAGGACAGUUCUGAUGAGCCAGAACUGCUGGAAGACUAUGCCUUGUCACCUCCACGUUAUGAGGAAAUAUACCCACUGUCUUCAUAAAAUAACCAUGGAUGACAGACGACAAUUCCAAGAGAUACCAGCUUUUUAAUCCUCAAGAAUCUUUUCUUUAAACACUUGCAUAAUAAGCAAGUGUGAGCAAGAUGUUGGUGCUGAUACAGAGUUCAGUAUCACUGAAGAUAUUUAACCAAUGCCUUCUUUUUCUCCCUCAAAAUUCAUUAGCCCUUUGCUGUGCAGUUUAAUGGCAGAGCUAUUCAUUAUUUAAUGGCAAAACUAUUAAUAGCAAAGCUAUUAAAUUCAAGAAUCUAAAUCCAUAUUAGGGUUCCCCCACAAGAAGCCUGAUUUUCAGACUUGCUGAAACCAGUAUGAACUGUGAAUGCACAAGAAGUUUGUGGAAGGUCAUGAUUGCUCCUGGACAUUCAACAUCAUUAGAAAACAUUUGAUUUAUUCUUGAUAUAUUUUUCCCUCUUGAUUGCUUGGGAAACUUCAAAAGUACUCAAGUGUCUGUCCAUGAAAGUACCUAUAAUGUCUUAAUUCUGUCUGAUUCCUUAGACCAGCUCACUCAAUAAUAAGUCCAGUCUGCAGAUCAGACAUCCUUCCUCUGCUUGGUUCACCUGUACAACCAGUGCUGUAGGCAUUUUUGGAGCACCCUGCUUGAACCAGAGCAUCCCAGAACAGAGAAAAUACAAAUAGUGACCUCUGCCCAUUUUUACACAGACCUCUAAGAGAUCCUGCAUGCAUCAAAUUCAGUUCCCUUCCCCAGCUGACAGGAUGCAAAGCACCGUCUCCCACCAGGAGUCCUAACAACUACUAGGUUAAUGUCCCUAAAGAAAGUUGCACCUUUCUGAAGCCUUGACAGAGGUUUGUGGUCCUACCAGUUUUAAGGGUUUUAACAGUCACAGCUUCUCCCUGCUGCACCCUCACCUAUGUGAGAGCUGUGGUGGAACCCCUCCUGAGGUCCCUUCUUGAUUGAAUGUGGGCCCUAGGCACACAACUCAGGCUGUAGAUUCCCACCAAGCAUCCAGGCAACUAUGGGCUGCAGUGAACUUUCUUGUUCAACUUUCAAAGUCAACAUGAUUCCAGGUAUUGUAUCCACAAAUGGAUUUACUGCUGUGUCUAACAAAGCAUGAGGUGCAUAAGCUCUGAGAUAUCGCAAUCCAGAAUGGAGGUCCCAAAAAGCUUUGCUCAGGUCUAAACCUCAGAGCAAAGAGAAUGCCAUGAGUUCUUUCAUUUUUAUUUUGUAUUUCCACAUAUUCUUCAAGAUCUGCUUUUGAGUGUGCCUAGAAGUGCCCUGACACAGCAGGACAAGUCAGAUCCCAUGCAGGAUCCCAUCAGUUUUGCAUAUCUCCUUCAAAGCGCUUAAACCAAAAGCUGUUCUCAGCCCACACCUGCUGAAGCAGGCACCACAGAAAAUGGCCUAGAGGGCCAUGGUCACUGUCCAAAGUAACUGAGUGCUGUGCUGCUGGUGAUUCUGCAGAUCAGUCCCCUCACCUGGAAUAGCACAGCUAAAAGCAGGUGUCCAUUAUGAAAUGCAUGAACUUUCUCUUACUUGCCAACACAGCUGUCUCAGCUCCUGCUAGUUGUCAUCGAUCUGUGGUUGAUCUCAUUCAUCUCAUUCCUGCAGGCUGGAGAAGCCUGGUGUUGAGCAUGGGCAGGUGGUACAGGAUGUACCUGGCAGCUGGAAGUCACUGAGCAUCCAUGCAGCCUCGCUAGCAACAAGGAUAUGUAGCUCUGAAUGGAGAAGUGCAUUCAGAACAUUGUCCAGUUGCAUGGAGUUGCAGGUGCGCACUGACCUCCCUGUCCUGUAUACUUACAGGGUGCCAAGAAAUAAAGCAUUUUUGGAGGGGCACAAGACAACCACUGGGCUCCACAGUGAUAGACAUGCCACUGACAGAGGUCAUAUUUGGAAGAUAACAUUUAAACCGACUCAAAGCUGGAUUAGCCACUGCAGCAGCAUCUAUGGGACAAGGACUACAAACUAUAUGUGAGGUUUUUCUCACUAGAGAAAUACAGCGCACACUGAUUUUCAGCAGUGAUGAGCUGGUGUUAGCAGGUAGGCAUGUGUAGUUGGAGAAAGGCAGGCACUCUGUGUUCAGCAUGAUCUCUACGGGAUUGAGUGAGAGAACAGAAAGUCUAAAAAUAAAUGCAAGUUUCUCUUAUGGAAAUCUCUUGCUCCUCUUCCAGAAUUUACACGGAGGUGAACUCAUUCUCCCUCCACAGCAGGAAAGUGGAAGGUCCCAAAUCCCCAGUUAGUUCCACACGGACAGAUCCCUGCACUUAGCAUGUAGUUCUGCUGACUCCAGCAAGCACUGCAGGAGCACAGAGGUCAGGCUUGAUGGAUCCAAUUGCAGGUCCAGGGUCAAAAUUUCUACCCGAUCACCCUUUCCCACAACAAGAAAAUUCCUUCAGUCAGAAACCACAGACUUUUGCUGCUGCUCUUUUUUUUUUUUUUUUCCCCAAAUACGUGGCAUAUGCAUGUUUUGUGGGGUGAUCACAGCUUUGUUUUUAUGUUAUCAAGUUGUACCGUCAGGCUGAAUAUGAGAAAUCCAGACGGCUGCACUGUGGAGUCCAUAUUGGUUUUAAAGUUUACUUCUGUAGAGAGUAAGUUCAUUGAAAGAGCCCUGGGUUUCUUUUUAGAGAGAAGGCUGAAUAAAUAAAUUUAAAUAACUGUGUAUUAAAAUGAUCUUGACCCAUCAGAUUAAUUCUGCCUGAAUUCUGUAGGAAUCUUUUCCUGAUGCACAGAUGUUUGAGAAACUCCAGCCUGAUUAUAUUUCCUUGCUGUACUGAUUGCUGAUUAGUGUUUUCAAUAGAGCAAUAUUCUAUAAAUACUUUUCUUCCUCCUCUUCUUUCCACCUUCCACUUUGAUCCUUUGUUUCUGUUUUAACAAUUUUUUUAUCUGUAUGGGGUUUUUUGCUUUUGUCACUGUAUCUUCAGUCAUAGAACUGUGACAAGAAUUCACCUUUCAGCAUUAUAAUCUUUUUCUGCCCUGUGAUGAGUGAAAGAACAAACUUAUUUCACCAGAGCUUCAACCAAGGUGAACUGACACAGCUCUGCUACAUUAUACUGAUUUAACUCCUCAGAGCACCUGAAAGAUUGUGUUUGAGAUUUUGCUCAAUCCACUUUUCAUUUAAACUACUUCUCUUUAAACAAAAUUACCACAUUGCCUGCAAUGCUACUGCAGACCUGCAGAAUGAUGCUUUAUUGUGGUUAGAUGUGUCUGGAAUUCUAGUAGCAACAGAGUGUUGUAUGUGAUUAUUCAGCUAUGUAACUUUGAAUGGGUUAUUGGGAUUUGUCCCAAUAUGACUCCAUUUAUAAGAUUUUGACCAUAAGCUGGCUAACAUAUGAAAUCAGCAGAGACAUCUAUUGAUAUGAAGCUGAGCAUGAUCUGUUCAUAGCAGUAAAAAUUCUGCACAGAGCUGCUCUAGGAUCAAGGAGCUGUUUCAAAACACUAAAUGCCAUGUGUGAAAUGCAGCUGCAGGGUGCGAAUUUCUUCCCAGGUAAAAUCUGAAUCUGAAGUCUGCUUUUUAACAUUAGGGCUGCUGUAUCUGUGAGGAGGUACAGGGAUAUGCAAGUCAAGGUUUGCUUUGCUUUGCUUUUGUAGCACUUUCUCACAAAAGCCAAAUUUCACUCGAGGCACCUGUUUCUGGCACUGAUGCCCCUGCGCAAGUGCCUGCACACAGCAGUGCCAAGUAGGGAGUCCGUACAAGCGGGUGUUCAAAAGUUGUAGUGCUGAAAUUUUCCAAAGAGUUAUUUUAGACUGAAU